AUGGAGCGGAUCAAGGAAGAUGACAUCGGAACUGACCUGCUCAAUUAUGACAAUCGACCACAUGCCUGUGAAUUUUGUGGAACGGCAUUCAAUCGAAAAGAUGUCCUCCGGCGCCACGAGAAGACCUGCAGAGCCCGGUGUCCGUCAGCAUUUGAUACUCACAUGAUAUCGCAGAUGAAUCGAGAACCAAAGCGGCAUAAAAUUUCCAUUGAUCUAAACAAGAUCCCGGCUAUUGAUACAGCUCCAGCGGCUGGAGUUGUGGGUUCCGAGAUAACCAGUCACACUAUGGAAACUCCCUUUCCGUUCCAACAUUCCAACAGAUCAAGCGAACAAGAAGACACGAAUGAAGCUGCAUUUCUUGCCGAAGGGGACACUGCCACAUGGAUCAAUGACGAGUCAACACUCUUCAACAUGGUUAGCGAAUACAACGAUGAGUCGGGGAACAUGCUAUUGCCACUGGAAAUUUCAGCCAUUGACACUAUCCUCUUCCCUCAGAAGAGUCCUGAUCUCUUCAUGGCCGAGAGGCUAGAAUUCAUGGCAUAUUUUACGAGCACGCGAGGCAUGAAAACUUUUGCCGAUCGGGAAUCCUUUCGGUAUCGACAGGAAAUGGCUCGUGAGGCAUACGAGAUGCAGGCCCAGCAAAACUACAAAGUCAACAAGAUAAGAGACACAACAUCAAAUUUGAACCCGCUCCCAAUUAAGCCUGAAGGAUGUUCUCAGGACGCGAGUGGCCUAGACCUUCUGCACUCUAAAUCCCGGGAUCUGAUCGACAAUCUUCGAGAUAUCACAUCUAACAGGACAAAUGACGAUGUUAUUACCAUUGAAUGGACGCCGAGUAUCGACAAACUUUGCAAAGAGUUCUUCCAACCAUCAAAUAUGCGCCGCUUUUUGGCAUACUUUUGGUCCCUAUGGUACCCACAUUGCCCUAUUGUCCACAAGCCUCUGUUUGACCCAUCAUCGGCAUCUCCAGGACUACUCUGUGUGAUGAUUAUCAUCGGAGCAUGCCUUUCUCCAGAUGAAAAAGAAAGCCAAGCUUCUAAGAGGUGGAUCGAUAGCGUAGAGGAGCUAAUCUUCUGCCAGGUUUACUUCCGUAGCGACCGAGAACUUUUCAUGGACCAGCCCGGCCAAAGAAAGGACAUCGUGCAAUGUAUGCAGGCAGCCUACCUAGUCAGUUCCUUGCAAAAGCGUGAAGGAUCGGUAGAGGCCCAGGCAAGAAUAAGGAGACAUCGGCAUGCGUCUAUGGUAACACUGGCGAGACAUAUUGGGCUGGGGAAAGCCUCACAUCGGUAUCUCGAUAUGAGACAUACAUGUUCAAACGCUUGGUGGAAACAGUUUGCAGAGGAAGAAGAGUUUAUCCGUACAAUAACAUUCGUGUUCUUGAUCGAUGCUGCACUCACUAUACUCCACAACUCUCCACCACGGAUGGUAGUUCCCGAGCUGAAGAUGGAUGUCGCCUGCCCAGAGUCAUGCUUCCAAGCUGAAUCAGCAUCAGAAUGCAUGAAAGAGCUGAAUACAUGGGCGACAACCCGAUUCUGGACGAGUCGACUGUCCAUUGUGUCUGUUGUGCGGCAGAUCUGCCAAAGCCCCAUCGAAGAGUCUAUCAUCGAGGACUUUGCAGGUUUCGGCACGCUGAACCUUUUCACCCUGGUACAAGCAAUCCACUCCUUGAUGUUUCAAUUGCAUAACUCCCUUGUCUUCGAAUCAACACUAGCGCCUAUCCAGACUGGCCUCGAUAAUUGGCGCCAGAUAUGGAACUCACGGGUUCCAGAAGAUACCGGUUUGCCUGAUACCCCCGAGAAUCUUUGGAAACGAGUCGGAUUCCUGCGACACGCCUCGGAGUUCUGGCAGUUAGCUCGGGUCCUCAUGGGAAAGAUAAUGACGGCCAACCAGAAUGAUGGGGAAAAUUUCGAGGAGAUGACGCAGCUAUCAAGAUACGAUCAUACGGAUAUGGGGGAGGUCAAUGAUCUAAUUAUGGAAUAUAGACGGAUGAAUCUUGGUGUUACUUGA